UUUAUGGCGCUGUCAAAUAAAGUAUUAAUUUAUGGAGGCCGUGGGGCACUUGGGAAAGAAUUGGUUGACUUUUUUCGAUCAAAAAAUAUUUGGGUAUUGAAUGUGGAUAUGAGUGAAAGUGAAGCAGCUAAUUCAAAUGUGCUUGUGGACCCACUCCAAUCUUGGGUGGAACAGGAAAAGAAUGUUUUGAAUGGUGUUGAAUCCGUACUUAAUGGAGACAAGCUUGAUGCUAUUUUGUGUGUAGCAGGAGGUUGGGCUGGAGGGAAUGCUUCCAACAAAGAUUUUAUUAAAAAUGCGGAUUUGGUUUGGAAGCAAUCUGUUUGGACUAGCUCGAUAUCUGCUAAAAUGGGAGCAAAGUUUCUUAAACCUUCGGGAUUGCUGCAAUUUACUGGAGCUGCUGCGGCGGUUGAAGGAACUCCUGGAAUGAUCGGCUAUGGAAUGGCUAAAGCCGCUGUCCACCAAUUAGUCAAAAGCUUGGCAGACUACAAAACUUCCGGUCUACCAGAAAAUGCUGUUCCCUUUGCUUUUUUGCCUGUAACUUUAGACACCCCAAUGAAUAGAAAAUGGAUGCCUAAAGCUGACCAUUCAACGUGGACACCUUUGUCUUUUAUUGCCGAAAAAUUGUUUGGUUGGAUUUUUGAACCUGAAAAAUGUGGAGAUUUGCCUAAAGCUGGGGCUUUACUUGAAUUAAUUACUAAAGACGGGAAGACUGAAAUUAAACAAAUUUAA